GGGAGGGGCGGGGUGGGAGGAGGGAGAGUCACUUAUAAAUGGCGCCCAAGCAGGACCCCAAGCCCAAAUUCCAGGAGGGUGAACGAGUGCUGUGUUUUCAUGGACCUCUCCUUUAUGAAGCAAAGUGUGUAAAGGUUGCCAUAAAGGACAAACAAGUGAAAUACUUUAUACAUUACAGUGGUUGGAAUAAAAAAGAGAAAUCAGAGCUCUUCCUUUUACACUGGGAUGAAUGGGUUCCAGAAAGCAGAGUGCUCAAAUACGUGGACACGAAUCUGCAGAAACAGAAAGAACUUCAAAAGGCCAAUCAGGAACAAUAUGCAGAGGGCAAGAUGAGAGGUGCUGCUCCAGGCAAGAAGACAUCUGGUCUGCAACAGAAAAAUGUUGAAGUAUUUUUCAGACGAGAUGGAGCGCAUACUGUUUGCUGUUUGGAGACCCCUACAAUAUCGACACGGAAAACAAAAAAGAACAAACAGAAAACUCCUGGAAUUGGGGAAGGCAGCAGUACUAGCGAGACUCCCCAGCCUCCUAGGAAGAAAAGGGCUCGAGUGGAUCCCACGGUUGAAAGUGAAGAAACAUUUAUGAACAGAGUUGAAGUAAAGGUAAAAAUUCCAGAAGAGCUGAAACCAUGGCUUGUUGAUGACUGGGAUUUGAUCACCAGGCAAAAACAGCUCUUUUAUCUUCCUGCCAAGAAGAACGUUGACUCAAUUUUAGAGGAUUACGCAAGCUACAAGAAAUCACGAGGAAACACUGAUAAUAAAGAAUAUGCUGUUAAUGAAGUUGUUGCUGGAAUAAAAGAGUACUUCAAUGUAAUGUUGGGGACUCAACUGCUGUACAAAUUUGAGAGGCCACAGUAUGCUGAAAUCUUAGCAGAUCAUCCCGAUGCGCCUAUGUCACAAGUCUAUGGUGCACCACACCUACUACGAUUAUUUGUACGAAUUGGAGCUAUGCUUGCGUACACCCCUCUUGAUGAGAAGAGCCUGGCUUUGUUGUUAAACUACUUGCAUGAUUUCUUGAAGUAUUUAGCAAAGAAUGCUUCCACAUUGUUUAGUGCCAGUGACUAUGAAGUAGCCCCUCCUGAAUACCAUCGGAAAGCAGUAUAACGCCAUGCCUCUGUAUAGUGAAGUAAUACUUGGAUCUCUGUAACAGUGCUGUCCAUUUCUACAUUUUGUUCUUUGUCCUUCCAUUGCACAUGUCUCUUGCACAGUUUAUGUAAAUUUAAAGUGAAUAAAGUGUGUGUUAAAACUGAA